GAAUUUUAGCUAGCGUCUCCAGGCUUUUCUGUGCGCGCUGUGAGUCCUUUCAGUCCUGGCUCGCAAGGUCGAGUGCUAGCCGUUUCUAACACCGACAGCUGCGAUGCGCGAUCGCUUUGUACUGCUUUAAGGUCGUAAACUUCAGCCGCUUUGAGUGCUUUCCAAGGCACAAGGUGAUGUCGAACCCCCAGCUAUACCCAGACAGCUAGCGAAGUAGCGCGUCUUGCGGCAAUGGCCAUGAUGAAUGGCCCCGCUAAGUGCGGCGAUGGCUCCGCAGCUGGGGGCUAUGUAGAGCUACCUCUUCCGGGUGACGUGGCCGCAUCGCUGGGCACGGGACCCUCCCGGGUGGCCACCCCACCAGCCUCCCGAACACAUACACACCAGAGUGGCGGCACCCUGGUGGAUGAGUGGCUCAGCACCCACUCACAAACACGGCACGACGCAGGAGCCGCAGCCGCAGGCAGCAGCACAGCAGGCGCUGCGGCGGAGCCGCCGCAGUGGCACGUGUCGGGCCGCACAGCUGCCGGGCAGCCCGACCCAGAUGGCCAGGCGGGGCCCGCCGGUCCGCUGGAUGUGCCGUACGAAGAUCCGCAGUACACGAAUCAGUUGCAACAGCAGUACGAGCAGGUGCCGUACGACCACGUGCUGAUGAACAUGUAUGAGGAGCUGCAGGGGCUGGCGGCGGUGCGGACGUCGGGGGCGACCUCGGCGGCGGCGGCGGCGGCGCAGCUACAGCAGCUACAGCUGGCGGCAGCGGCGGCGGCGGCUGGCGGCGCCCGGCCACGCACGCCGACGUCCGGCGGGCGGCGAGGAACAGGCGGCGGCGGCGUGGCGGAGGCACGGGCUGGGAAAGGGGCUGCAGCUGCUGCUGCAGCUGCGGCGGGGCGGCCGCGCACGCCGGGCCGGGGGCGCUCUAACGGCACUGGGGCUGGCCCCACUGCCGCUCUCACGGGCGCUGUCGGCAGCCCGGCAGCAGCUGGCGCGCGCGCAUCGCCAAGCCGGCGGCCCGUCACCCGGCCGCGUCAUGCGAGCCAGGGCAGCGGUCAGGCGGGCGGCCCCGCAGCCAACGGCCUGCUGGGCGCUGUCUUGGGCGGCGGCGGCGGUAGCGGCCUGGGCUCGCCGGCGGCAGCGGCGGCGGCCAACGGCCGGCCUUCCAGUGCCAGCCGCCAGCGCAUCAACCUGCUGGAGGUGCUGAAAAGCCAGAGCCAACUGGAGGCAGCGGCGGCCGGCGGGCCUGGCGGCGGCGGCACGCCGGCGGCGACGUCGCUGCGCGGCAGCACGACGUCGCUGCUGGAGGGCCAUGACCUGCUGGCGGCGGCGUCAGCGGCAGCGGCGGGGGAGCCGUCGUCGUCGCUGCUGCUGCCGCUGCACGAAUACGGCGGCGGCGACGGCGUCGCAUCCAGCAGCUUCACGCCGCCGCAGGCGCUGCUGGCGUCGGCGUCAGGGCGGCCGCGCGGCGGCGGCGGCAACGGCGCUGCUGCUGGGGGCUUCAACCCAGAGGCGGCGCCGGUGAACCUGAGGGACCUGCCCGCCGGCGCCCUGGCGCGGCUGGAGCGGCUGACGGCAGGCGGGCCGCUGCCGCGCUAUGGAGGCGCAGGGCCGGUGGCGCAGGCGCCGGCGGGAGCGGCACCGCCGGUGGGAGCGGCCAUGCCAGCCUGGCUGGGGUCAGCGGCAGGUGCGGCACAGGCGCGGCAGGUAGUGGCGGCGGCGGCGGUGCCGCCGCAGCAGCUUCAGCCGCCGCCCGGCAGCGGAUAUGGCAUCGGCGGCGCCUUGCCUCCAACGGCAACGGCAACAGCCGGCGGCGACACGGCAGGGUCUGUGGCGGCGGCCUCGCCUGCACUCUCGCCGCGGGGCCCGGAGCCGGCACAGGGCACGCCGCGCACGCCGGGUUCCGCCGCCAGCAGCGGGCGACACCUGGCGCAGGCCGCAGCACAGGUCGUGCCUUCAGCGGCAGCGCCAGCAGCAGCCUCUGCCUCUGCCUCAGCCACCGUGCAUGGCCUACCCGCCAGCAUCCAUGCAUCCCAGUCCACUGGGAAGGAAGCGGCGGCCUCCCCGCUGCACUCACUCGGAGCCGCCCCCCGCCCCGCGUCCUCCACCUCCCAAGUCGCGCUGCAGCAGCAGGCACAGGCACAGGGCCCCACUCAGCGGCACCCUCCACCUCGGAUGGACGGGGCGUUGCAGGCCGGCGCGGCGGCGCCGCGGGCACAGCAAGCGCCGCCGGCGCCGCCCGCCCCUCUUGAAUCGCCUAUUGAGGAUGUCGCCGCCGACUCGCCAGCCGCCGCCACUGAGCUCGUACGGCAGUUGUUCUCGCUCGUACAGGUCCAGGCGGUACAGAUCCAGAGCCUGCAGAGCUCAGUGGCGGUGCUGGUGGCGGGCGGCGGCGGUGGUGGUGGUGGUGGUGGUGGCGGUGAGGCCAGUGGCGGCGGCUCGUCAACGUCAGUGGCGGCGGCGUCGGCGGCGUCGGCGGCGCGGGACUUCAUACGGCGGCCGCACGACAACGCCGCCAGCCUGCGUGUGGCGGCGGCGGCGGCGGCGGCUGGCAGCUGUACUGGCGGCGCCGCGGCGGGAGGCGAUGCGGCGCAGCAGCAGCAGCAGCAGCAGCAGCAGCAACAACAAGUGUCGGAGCUGCGGCAGCAGGUGUUGGCGCUGACGCAGGCGCUGGUGUCCAUGCAGGCAUCGCAGCGGCGCCUGGGCGAGCAGCUGGGCGCGCACGCCGAGGCGGCGGGGGCGGCGCAGGCCACCCUGGAGGAGCAGUUGGGAGAAGCCAUCUCCCUCAUCUCCCUAGGCCGGCAGCAGCAGCAGCAGCAGCAGCCGGCUGCAACAGCCGGCGAGCAGCAGCAGGCACAGCAGCAGCAGCAGCAGCAGGCAGUGCUGCUGCCGCUGGUGCAGCGGGUGGCGCAGCGGUUGGAGCGGUUGGAGAAGGACCAACUGCCGGAGCUGGAUGACCGUGUGGGGCGGUUGGAGAACGACCAACUGCCUGAGCUGGAUGAGCGGUUGGGGCGGUUGGAGUCGUUGGGAUCGGGGCUGGCUGAGCACAGGGCACUGCUAGGGGAGCACCACGCGUUGCUGCAGACCCUGUCGAACGGAGCGGUGGAGGCGGCGGCGUGGCGGCGUGACGCCGACGGCAGGAUUGCGGCGGCGGCCGCCGCCGCUGAAGUGGCUGCGGCUGCAGCCGCCGAUGCGGCUGCGGCUGAGGCCGGGCGGCCGGAGCAAUCGCCAGCUGAGGCGGCGGCGGCGGCGGCUGGAGUGGUGGCGGCGCUGCGGCAGGAGCUGGCGGCGCUGCGGGGCGAGGUGGCGGCGGCCAAGGAGGCGGCGGCGGCAGCCGCCAGCCGCGCCGCCAAGCUCGAAAACAACCGCGCCGCCAGCGCGGCGCCGCCGGCAGUGGCAUUGCCGGCGGCAGCCGACGUCUCCGCAGCAGCCAAUGGCGGCUCCGCUGACGCAGCGGUGGGGGCGGCGGCGGCGGCGGCGCGCGUGGAGCGGUUGGAGCGGCAGUUGGGGGCGUUGCGGCGGGACGCGGCGGAGGCGCGGGAGGAGCUGGUGCGGCAGCGGGAGGCCAGCCGGGAGUCACUGGACCAGCUGGCUCGCGGCAUGGAGCACGUGGCCGCAUGCCUCAUGUCGGCGCUACUGCCGGCGGCGGCGGCGGCGGCGGCGGGCGAGGGAGCCAACGGCGGCGGCGGCGGCAGUGGGGAUGGGUUGCUGGGGGCGGCGGCGUCAGGGUCUGCGGAGCGUUCGCUGGUGGUGGCGGCGGCGCCGGGGCUGCUGCCGGCGGGGUCACCUGGCGGCGGCGCCGCGCCGGCGCACAGCGUGGCGUCCACUGCUGCGGGGCUGUCGGACGUGCGGCGGCAGCUGCGCACGCUGCAGAAGGAGAUGCGCCGCAUGCGGACCGAGAUGGCGGCGGCGGCGGUGGUCGCGUCUGCCGGCACCGGAGGCGGCGGCGGCGGCACCAUGGGCGGUGGCGGCGGCGGGCGCCUGUCCUCGCCGGGCCGGCGCGGCAGCCGUGGUUUCCUGGCCGGCGGAGCCGGGCUGACUGGCAGUAGCAGCAGCCUGAGCCCCAGCGCCGGCAGUAGCAGCAAGCAGCUGGCCGCGAUGCUGCAGCAGCAGCGGCAGCGCCUGGCGCCGCCGCCGCCGUACAUGGUCUCGCCCGCCGACGACGCCGAUGGCGGCGCCGCCGCCGCCGCCGACGGCGGCGCCAGCAGUGCGGCAUCAUCAGGGUCUCGCCGGGCGUCGGUUAACUCCGUGGCGAUAGUGCCGGCGGCGCCGCUGCCGCCGCCGCACUCGCUGCCACCGCCUCCGGCCGGCGUGCCGGCGGCGGUGUGGUCUCGGCUGGCGGCGCUGCAUGGGGAGCUGGGGCAGCUGCGGAGCGGGGAGGCGCUGGUGCUGGAGGCCCAGGAGGCGCUGGCGGACCUGGUGGCGGACCUGCGCGCCGAGCUGGAGCAGCUGCGGGCGGCAGUGGCGGCGGCGGCGGCAGGAGGAGGAGGGGGUGCGGCAGGAGGAGCGGCAGGAGGGGGAGGAGCGGCAGCGGGAGGGGGAGGAGGAGGGGGUGCGGCAAGCAGGGAGGCAGGUGGCGACCCGCCGCUCGGCCCGCAGCAGCAGCAGCAGCAGCAGCAGCAGUCGGUGGUGGUGGGUGAGAUCAUGGGGGUGGUACAGCGGGUCAACGCCAUGCUCAGCAGCAGCCUGGCGCAGGCGUUAUCGCGCAUACAGGCGCAGGGCGAGGAGAUUGCGGAGCUGAGGCGGGUGGUGCUGGCGGGCAGCGGCAGCGGCGGAGGCAGCGGCGGAGGUAGCGGUGGCGGCAGCGGCGGAGGCGGGGUGGGUUUGGUCGCCGCCCUGCCGGCGGGCCCAGGCACCAUGAGCCCCGCCGCCUCACCCUCCGCUCGGUCGUUGGGAUCGCCCGCGGUGGCUGCAGCAACAGGGGGCGGAGGAGCCGGCGCAGGUGUGGGCGCAGGAGGGGGCAGCAGCAGCAGCAGCAGCCGCGCCGGCAGCAGCAAGCAGCUGCACAGCGCGCAGGGACGGUGAGGUCGCGGGUGCCACGCAGGGCACGGAGUGCUGACCUGGAAGCAGCGUGUGGCUCAUGUAGUAAUGGGAUGGAAGUGCAGCUGUCAUGAGGCCUGGAGGAUGAAUUGCUAUUACCAUACUGCUUGAAAAGUCCGCAGCAAUGCAUGUCGUACUAGAAGCGUGCGAGCGGGUAAUGCACGGAUUGCACGGAACUUGGAAACAGGGGAGAGCCUCCCCUGCUUGGAAAGGCGCCUGGCGUGCACCAGACCUGCAGGAGGCCGCUAGAUACACUUGCGCGGCGGCUGUGUUGUACGGAGGGGAGGCGUGCGACCAAGCCGCGCGCGAUCCUUUCUGCUUAUUACAAUUGACCGGGCGCGAAAUGUUAAAUACCGGACAGUAGCUAAAGCGACGAUACUGACAAUUCUUGUCGUGUAUGUUUCCAUGCGCAACUCAGGGGCCGAGGGGUCCGGACUGAAGCCGUGUGCAUGACGCUUGCAUUUGCGCAGACAGGCCCGAGAUGCCGAUUAUUUUAGCGAGCUAAGAUUUCGAUUGGCAAGCCUUGCAUUCAUUUGGAACCGUAUCUGUUUGCAGCUCGCAUUUCCGUACGCACACACGAUUGCACUACUGUACGGUUUGUUUGCAUGGUCUACAGGGACUCUGAUUAGGAGGCAAGAGCUGACUUUUAUCAUUGUGAUAACGAAGAUGAAUUACAUAUGCGUUGAAGCUUGGGCGCUAGCAAGCAGAACUGUGAUGACAUUGUGGUGACAUUGGCCCAGCCGCCCUCGGGUGUGCACUGUGCAGGUGUUGCAGUGUGUGGAGCUGUCACUGGUGGCGCGCAAAAGCACGAGCCUGAUGCGCAGUGCCUCAGAAUAUGCUCGUCUGUGUGCAGUUGUUUCGGUGCGUGAGUGUGUAUCUUUUGAAUGGGUCAUGGGGCUCAGGACUUGUUUGGCUGUCGGUGCGGCGCCAACGCGCGCAGCGUGACCAAUUGUGACCGUCCCGUGCAGCUCCUGGCGUGUCACAAGGUCCGCUUCCUGCUGCAUCCCGGAUUCGCGUCAGCCGGGCCAGAGCUGCAGCGUUGAUGCUACAUGGGAGCAAAACAGAUUCACAGUAUCAGUGUCCAGUCGCG